AUGUCCAACCAACCAUCAAAGAAGGGGAUGCGAGGCGGCGGCCCAGCUGGGAGUUCUUCUGGAUCUCAAGGGAACCGCGGUUCAACCGGACAAACUGUAAAAUUCGCCCGAAGAACGUCCAGCGGUCGAUAUGUUAGCCUCUCCAGAGAAGACCUAGAUAUGUCAGGAGAAUUAUCUGGUGAUUACAUGAACUACACCGUCCAAAUUCCUCCCACUCCCGAUAACCAGCCUAUGGACACGUCUGUUGCCGCAAAAGCCGAAGAGCAAUACGUCUCCAAUUCACUCUUCACCGGCGGAUUUAACAGCGUCACCCGUGCCCACCUCAUGGACAAGGUGAUUGAAUCUGAAGUAACCCAUCCUCAGAUGGCAGGAUGCAAGGGCUCUUCCUGUUCAAUGCCAGCUUGUGAUGGCAAAAUCAUGAAAGAUGAAAGAGGAAAUGAUGUCACUCCGUGUGAAUGCAGGUUUAAAAUUUGCAGAGACUGCUACCUGGAUGCCCAAAAAGAUUCGGGUCUAUGUCCUGGAUGCAAGGAACUGUACAAAGUUGGGGAGUAUGACGAUGAUGUACCAGACUUUUCAAGCGGAGCUCUGUCUUUACCAGCCCCAGACGGUUCCAAAGGGGAUAGUCGGAAUAUGUCUAUGAUGAAAAGGAACCAAAAUGGAGAUUUCGAUCACAAUAAAUGGCUGUUUGAGACACAGGGCACAUACGGGUAUGGUAACGCCUAUUGGCCUCCAGACGAUAUGGAUGGGUACGAUGGUGAUGCUGGAAUGCAGAAAGGCAUGUUGGAUACAUCGGCAGAAAUACCUUGGAAACCACUAAGUCGGAAGUUACCAAUACCAAAUAGCAUCAUCAGCCCUUACAGGUUGCUUAUUGUGGUUCGCCUUGUUGUGCUUGGUUUCUUUUUGACAUGGCGGAUACAACAUCCAAACGAUGAAGCAAUAUGGCUGUGGCUAAUGUCUGUUACAUGUGAAUUAUGGUUCGCCUUCUCUUGGAUCCUGGAUCAAAUUCCCAAGGUGAAUCCUUGUAACCGCAGCACUGAUCUAGUGGUAUUGCGUGAAAAAUUUGAUAUGCCAUCGCCAUCCAACCCUACUGGGCGGUCGGACCUCCCGGGACUUGACUUCUUCGUGUCCACGGCUGAUCCUGAGAAAGAGCCACCGCUAACCACAGCCAAUACUAUCCUAUCAAUUCUAGCGGUUGAUUAUCCUGUUGAGAAACUGGCUUGUUAUAUUUCGGAUGAUGGUGGAGCACUUCUGACUUUUGAGGCAAUGGCAGAGGCUUGCAGCUUCGCUGAUCUGUGGGUGCCAUUCUGCAAAAAGCACGAUAUUGAACCCAGGAAUCCGGAAAGUUACUUCAGCUUGAAGGGUGACCCCACAAAAGGCAAGAAACGGACAGACUUUGUGAAGGAUAGGCGGAAGGUUAAGAGGGAGUAUGAUGAAUUUAAAGUGAGGAUAAAUAGUUUGCCAGAUGCAAUCAGGAGGAGAUCGGAUGCAUUUAAUGCCAGGGAAGAGAUGAAGAUGUUGAAACAAAUGAGAGAGAGCGGCGCUGAAGCUCGGGAUCCAGUCCAGGUCAAAAAGGCAACUUGGAUGGCGGACGGUAGCCACUGGCCAGGAACAUGGGCUGUUGGUAGUACUGACCACGGUAAGGGUGAUCAUGCAGGGAUACUUCAGGUAAUGUUGAAGCCCCCCAGCAGCGAUCCCCUAAUGGGAGGAUCGGAUGAUAGUAAACUUUUGGAUUUCUCGGAUGUAGACAUACGUCUUCCUAUGUUUGUGUACAUGUCACGCGAGAAGCGGCGAGGAUAUGAACACAAUAAGAAAGCUGGUGCAAUGAAUGCCCUGGUGCGAUGUUCGGCCGUACUUUCUAACGGCCCCUUCAUGCUCAACCUCGACUGCGAUCACUACAUAUACAACUGCAAAGCUGUUCGUGAAGGAAUGUGCUUCAUGAUGGAUAGAGGAGGGGAAGACAUAUGUUAUAUUCAGUUUCCUCAAAGAUUUGAAGGCAUAGAUCCCUCUGAUCGUUAUGCCAAUCACAAUACAGUGUUUUUUGAUGGCAAUAUGCGUGCACUUGAUGGCAUCCAGGGCCCUGUAUACGUGGGUACAGGAACCAUGUUUAGACGAUUUGCACUGUAUGGGUUUGAUCCCCCACAAGCUGACAUCAACCCCCAGAAAGGUGCGGAUGCCCAACCUCUAAACACCACCGACUUUGACCCUGACCUAGAUGUAAAUCUCUUGCCCAAGCGUUUCGGGAACUCUACUAUGUUGGCAGAAUCCAUUCCCGUAGCGGAAUUCCACGGCCGCCCCAUUGCGGAUCACCCUGCUGUCAAGUAUGGGCGACCUCCCGGUAUCCUCAGAGUCCCCCGCGAACCACUUGAUGCAGCCACUGUGGCAGAAGCUGUCUCUGUCAUAUCUUGUUGGUACGAAGACAAAACCGAGUGGGGUGAACGAGUGGGUUGGAUUUAUGGUUCGGUGACAGAAGAUGUGGUCACAGGAUAUCGCAUGCAUAACCGUGGAUGGCGCUCUGUCUAUUGCAUCACCAAGAGAGAUGCAUUCCGUGGUUCAGCCCCCAUCAAUCUCACCGAUCGCCUCCAUCAGGUCCUCCGAUGGGCCACCGGUUCUGUUGAAAUCUUCUUUUCUAGAAACAAUGCCUUCUUAGCCUCCCGUCGCCUCAAAUUCCUCCAGCGCCUGGCUUACCUCAACGUUGGCAUCUACCCCUUCACCUCCCUUUGCCUCGUCGUCUACUGCUUCCUCCCAGCCCUCUCCCUCAUCUCCGGCCAUUUCAUUGUCAAAAACCUCAAUAUCGCCUUCCUCCUCUACCUAUUAACCAUAACCAUCUGUCUCAUCUCAUUGGCCCUCUUGGAAGUCAGGUGGUCCGGCGUCGGCCUGGAAGAAUGGUGGAGGAACGAACAGUUUUGGCUCAUUUCAGGCACCAGCGCUCACCUUGCUGCUGUCAUCCAGGGCCUCCUCAAAGUCGUCGCUGGGAUCGAGAUCUCCUUCACUCUCACCGCCAAGGCUGCAGGAGAUGAGAACGAAGACAUUUAUGCCGAAUUAUACUUGGUGAAGUGGACCUCACUUAUGAUCCCUCCCAUCGUAAUUGCCAUGAUCAACAUAAUCGCAAUAGUCAUCGCAUUCUCCAGGACAAUUUACAGCGCCAAUCCUCAAUGGAGCAAGUUCAUUGGAGGAGCUUUUUUCAGUUUCUGGGUGUUGGCACACCUCUAUCCUUUUGCCAAGGGUUUAAUGGGAAGGAGACGGAAGACGCCAACCAUUGUUUUUGUCUGGUCGGGGCUUAUUGCCAUUACACUCUCACUGCUUUGGAUAGCCAUCAGUCCACCCAGAGGCGGUACAGCAACAGCAGAGCUCGGGGGUGGAGGAGGCGGUUUCCAAUUCCCUUAA